CUCUUAGACCAGCUAAAGACGCCGAGCAUCUGUGGGUGUUGCAGCACACCAGCCCAGCCUUGCCUAGCUCUCUGAAAGAAAGCCUGCAACAGAAGGGAGAGAAGUGGCCCCAAGUGCAGCUGAAAGCACUCCUGGGGAGUCAGCCAAGACCCUCCACCCAAGCAGGGCCGGAUCCUUGCACUUGGCCAUGAUAAGGAGAGGCUUUCAGGUGGCAGCAAGACUUGGCCACCACAGGGGCCUUCUUGGGGCCCCCCGUAUCCUGCCCAGACUCAACCCUGCCUCAGCAUUUGGAUCCUCCACAGACUCCAUGUUCUCAAGAUUCUUGCCAGAGAAGACAGACUUGAAGGAUUAUGCUCUUCCCAAUGCCAGCUGGUGUUCGGACAUGCUGAGCCUGUACCAAGAAUUUCUGGAGAAGACCAAGUCUAGCGGCUGGAUCAAGCUGCCCUCCUUCAAGUCCAACAGAGACCACAUCCAGGGACUCAAGCUCCCAUCUGGACUGGCAGUUUCCUCAGACAAAGGUGACGGUCGCAUCUUCACCAGGUGCAUGCAAGUGGAAGGACAAGGCUUUGAGUAUGUCAUCUUUUUCCAGCCAUCCCAGAAGAAGUCGGUCUGUCUUUUCCAACCAGGUCCCUACCUGGAGGGGCCCCCAGGGUUUGCUCACGGCGGGUCCCUGGCAGCCAUGAUGGAUGAGACCUUUUCUAAAACUGCCUUCCUGGCUAGAGAGGGGCUGUUCACACUAAGCCUCAACAUCAGGUUCAAAAACUUGAUCCCCGUGGGCUCUCUGGUCGUAAUGGACGUAGAAGUGGACAAGAUUGAGGACCAGAAGCUUUACAUGUCCUGCAUCGCCCACAGCAGAGACCAGCAGACAGUUUAUGCCAAGUCCUCAGGUGUUUUCCUUCAGAUGCAGUUGGAAGAAGAGUCUCCCCAGUAACAGUCACCGUGCCUGCAGGAGAGCCUCCCACUGCCUCCCCUGCCUGCCUGGGACCCACCAAAGAGCAGGGAGGGGUCCUCAAGCAGUAAUUGGUGAGGCGAGGGAAAGGACUCUUUUCUCUGAGUAAAUAAAGUCUCACAGUUCCAUCCUU